GAUAAGGUAACUAAGAGCACUAACAACUUACUCAUUUUCCUCUGCGAAAAGAAAUCGAUAAGGUAACAACUAAGAGCACUAACAACUUAUUUUCCUUUGCGAAACCGAUACCGAAAGCACAAAGAUAAGGCUGUAACUAAGAGCACUAACAACUUAUUUUCCUUGGCGAAACCGAUACCGAAAGCACAAAGAUAAGGCUGUAACUAAGAGCACUAACAACUUAUUUUCCUUGGCGAAAAGAGGAUCAUUUAUUUCAUGUUGCUUUUACAAAUUCUUGGCGACUAGGCAAAGGGGGUCUAAGGAAACCAAGUAUUACUGGCUAUCUAGUGUGGUCUAUAUUUUGCGAAUAGAAAGACUAGCCAACUUACUCUUACCAAGUUAGCAGUAACUUUUUUUCGCAAGCAAAAGGACGUACAACAUACUGGAAAUAUAUAAAUAAGGACUCAUUUACUUUCCUUUGCGAAACGGUGACGAUAAAGCAGAGCUCUUCCUGUGCUCGGUCGAAAGCAGAAUGGCAUCAAAGGUACUAGUCGCGCACGCCCUCGGUCCUGCGCUAUUGCAGGGGGGCAUCUUCGUGAACCUGCCGCAAAUUGACCCCUUGGUGCUUUUUGGAAACCUUGGAGGCAGUGCGGAACCUCCUGCGCAUGUGGUGUCCGCCAUGAAACUGCGUUCUGCUCAUCACAAGGCAGUCCUGACCAUCUCGGAUCUGGAUCAGAACGCCUUUCUGGACGAGGCCAAGAACGGCAAUUUUAAAAAAGUGUUCGAGAAGCUUGCGGCAAACGGAAACUUGGUCAAUGUUCGAGCCGGGGAGGCUGAAAGAGACACGGCGCUCAUGUUUGCUGCGUACUGGGGUGAUUUCGAUGCGGCUUCGAAACUUCUGAACGACUAUCAGGCCGAUGCAACGCUGAAGCGCCGACAGGGUGCGACCGAUCGUCGAGGGGGGCAUGCGGCACAGAUCGUUCGCAAGAGCCUCCCCGCACACGAUGCGACCGAUUGUGGACGGUGUAAUGCGGCACAGAUCGUUUACCGAAGCUUGGCGUUUGAAAAAUUUUUGCCGCUUCUUAUGCCAAAAGCAAAAGACUCGUUGUCGGUCGAAAACCAACUACUUCAACUUUCCAUCACGUAUUUGCAGAGUGCGGACAUCGUGCCUACAGCGAAUGGGCGCGACUUACAAGGAACAAACACCGACGCAGACCCGAAGCCCCACAAGCUACCUGCACCCGGCGAACACGGUCGGACGUUCGUGGCUUGGUUCAACAAGAGUUUUGGUAAUCUAGUGGUGCAGCUCGAAACGGAUUUCAACAAUCGUGAGCCAGAAAAGAAUAAGAUAUCGUUCAAGAAAGGUUCUGCGCAGGUGCACUCGAGCAACUUUGAUUCCCCGGAGCUUCUGGCACAGGCCCAAGUGUCCGUUAUCCUUCGCGCGGCGACCGCGUUGCAGCUGCGCUUGAGCAAUGCACUUGUGUCCUCUAUCAAGUAUCUGAAAGACGAAAGCGCUUUGCCUUCAGUAGAGGAUGGCGGGGCCUUAAAGAAAACAACCUCCACGGACUUGGUCGGUCAGCGCCCGUGGCUUCUGCCUUCGUCCAUCAAAGAAGGUAUGAAAUUCGCAGCAUGGUUCAGCAAAGUAGCCUCUGGAGAUUAUAGUUUGAAGGUGCAACUCGAACGGAAUUUCAAUGACGAACUCACCUCGAUGUCGAACAAGAUAUCGUUCCAAGCUAACCCACAGCCAGGACCAAUCGCUAACCAGGAGUUCGAACACAAGUUUGGGGCUGACCCUGCCGCGCAGAGCAAUUUGCUUCAGGCCAGAUUGUCUGUGAUUCGUUUUGCAGUAGCACACCUGAUCAACCAGCACACUGCCAGGACAUCUGGCGUCCAUGACGUGCGCGAUCCGAACAAGCCAGGGAAAUGGAUGGGCUACGCCGUGAGUGAGGACAACAUGAAUCCUGGGCAAAAUAGAGGUGAGGGCUUUAUUUUCGCCGCGAGAUUCAAGAACGACCUAAAGGGAGAGCGGGGAAUGGCCCUGGCAUAUCCGAUGCAAGAUGGAGUGAACACCGCGACGCAGGUCAAGGUGCUCGUUGUGCCGCUCUCCACAAAGCCGUCUGCUUCGGCUUCUGCAGUGGCCACCAUGAAUGUUGACAAAACGGAACUCGUUCUCUCUCUGGCGUUGCCGCAGCUGGGGCGUGGACGUGGAAGCAAGGCGACAAUUGAAAGCUUCCAGUUCAACACGCCAAAUAAAGUAAGCAAGGUUACCAUCAAGUUUGAAGAUAACGAAGAAGUGCACCAGCUUUCUUCUGCCGCAUGCGCGCGCUCUUUCGGGUGGACAUCAGGCUUUUUUGUUCAGCAAACAGGUGAAGGAGGCAAGCCUUGGGCCGCGGCCGCGGACAUUGUAUUCACCCCUGACGAAGAUGUUUGGGUCCACUUUACUAAUCCAAAUUGGAAGUAUGUUGAUGACAACAAGCGUGCCCUUCCCGUUUUUGACACAAGCGGCAAACCUCAAAUCGAGAAGCUGUUUGCGCAGAACGCGUUUUUCUACCUUAUGCAAGCGCACAGUGUUGAUGCGGUGGCGAUGCAGGUCAAUGAGCUUCGCAGGUCGUGCCCGACGAACUUUGAAGAAGAGAUUUGCCCAAAACAAGGGGCGAAUCGUCAUCCUCCCCAAAAGGGAUCUAGCUGCACAGUAGGCUGGACUGGUGCCUCGGAAAACGGUCAUCAAAUUCAUUCCCCGUUGCAUGUGAGGAGUUUGACCGAGUGGAACCCUGUGACCGGAUUGAUUAUCAACCCGGAUAUGACGCAUAUGGCGUUUGGGUCCCCUACUGCUAGCUACUCCGGGAGUGAUCUGAGGAAGGGCUGCGAGAAUCUAAUGGAGAAAAUUCCGAAUAAGGGACGACAGCACAUGUACGGCGCGGAGUGGCGCGGGGCCACCAGAGUAGCCGACUUUUCCAAGUAUGACCUUGUGAAAGACGCCUGGUUCGGGCCCGGGAAAACGGGCAAAAUCGGAAGCGCGGAUCUAUUUGCACGUGGCAUUGCGGACGCACGUGGAAUUGCGGAUGAGCGGACGCAAGAAAUCAGCGAGAGCGAGGGAAUUGUGUGCCAACGCGACGCGCGUGACAAUCCCGUGGAGGGGCUCUUCCUGGAUGUUAAUAACGACGUAUUGCUUCAGGCUGAGAAGAGGUUUCAAGUACCAUCGGCGGACAUAGGCAGACCUGAUGUGGCCCAAGAGAAAGACGUGGAUGUGCUGGAGACAUUUAGACGCCUCCUGCUUGAUUUCCCUCAUCUUCAAUUUUUUUUGCGUGGCCCAAAAGAUUUGUUAAGGUUUAGACUUCAUUGGUCACUGAGAGUCAGAGUGGUCACUCAAACUGACAGCGAACAGGAGACCACGCCGUGAGAGAACUACAGGGGAAAAAAGGGGGCUUAACAAGCUGAGAGUUUUUAAGUACUUACCUUCGGGCCAUGGGGUCUUGUCCCCUGAGAAUCAGUGACCAAUGCUGUUGAGCUCCGACCUCUAAAUAUGGAUUUCAACUUGCGCGUAUUGGAGAACGCUGUCGGGAUCCGCCUUAUGGACGCGCUAAAAGAGGACUCGAAGGAACCUCUUACCUGGAUGCAUUUGAUCGAAGGCCGCGUUCCAGGUAUUGCCUCUCAUGAUGUCAAGAUUUGGGAUGGCAAAAUGCGUCCGCCCACGUCUAAGAAUGGAGAGUGGUAG